CAAGUUGACUGGGAGGAAUUGGGGAAUUGCAAGCACCGAAAAGAGAAACAGGAACGGCAGUCAAUCCCAAUUCACGAGUUGCACCCAACCAACUUGUCACGUGGUAACGUGUACCAUCGGCAAGCUCACACUGCGAACGUCAACUUGUCGGUUUGUGGGAUUCUCUUCUGCCAACAGCGACACACUCGAGUGCCAGUAAAGCUGUCGAACCGACGCGAACACACUCGAUUAGGCUCAGCUGUCUUUGGCCGCAAACCGGUAUCAUUCGCGGCUGAGUCGUUUUCACAUACAUCGUUUCAUCUUGCACUAUCGGUCAAUCUGGUACCUCCCAAAGGGACAAUCGAUUUUCCACCGACCGAGGUGUGGGCCAAUCCCCACUGUCCACACACAUGCGAUGUCCACACCGCCUGUUGUUGGCUGUCACCUCGCCUCUGCCCGCCUCGGCUACGACUAAUUAUGCCCGUUUCCGGGCUGCCGAUUCGUCGGUCUCGCUUUCCACGCACUCUGCCACCCCCCACCCACCCACCUGCUCUGCCGCCCGCUGCGGGUGUGUCCGCUUCGGCGUAUCCCACCUCGGCCGGUCAGCUCCUCGUCCGGACGUUGGUUUGA